AUGUUUCUCGUUUCCAUGCGGAAAUCAUUCAAGGAUUCCGUCAAAGUUCUCGAAGCCGACAUCCAGCAUGCCAAUACCAUGUGAGUCAUUCAGGAGUCUCGAGCCAGGACAUCGUGCCUCCGUCUCGAGCUAGCUGCUUUUUCUUUUCUGCGUUUGUUUGAUUAGGGAAUCUUCCCCCCAUCGGGUCGGUGGCGUUUUUUUAAUUUCUCAAUCAUGCGUUUGAUCAACUGUUGUUCGUUUUGGUGGAUCUUUUUAUCGCUUCUCCUCUGCUCUCCCUCUGUAUGGCUGUUUCUUUUGAUUCCUGAUCAGGGCAUGUUGGCCAUGUGGUAGGGUUGGGUUUCUCUUCUUCCUGUUCUCUCCUUGUCCUUUAAAUAUAGGGACCAAACUCUUUUCCUUGUGGUAAUAUGUAGUUUUUACCUAUUCCAGUUCUCCCUCUGACCUUCCAUCGUACGAAAGAACUGCUAAACCUCGUCGUUCUCGUAGAGAUUGGUUUUACAUUUUUCCUUUUUUUCUCGUGCUAUAGUUAUUCUAUUUUCUGAACCUUUGAUCACAGAUACAUUCCAUACCUCGCCUUUCAUUUCCCUCUUGUGACAACUGACGCGAGACUUUGAUCUCUGGAUUGUAUUAGUUCUGCAUUUAUAACAAAGAAGUGAGGAUCUGUCCGCGGGGAUGCUCUAUUGUCCUUUGCGGGGCGGCCCUUAGUAACUAUGUUCUGUUGUUCGGCAUAACAAGAACGAAUCAUACGUUAUGAAAUAUCCGAAUUUUCUUAAAGGCCACGAGCGAAGAAACCUUUCGGAGAAGGGAUUUUCGGUAAGGUUGGUCGAAAUUAUGAACACUUCUUAAAUCUUCUUUCGGUAUCACUCCUCUAUGUAACUCGUUCGCGAACAGGGCGCAAGAAAAAAAAAAGCUCUGGCGUUCGAUUUUUUUGUUCCAUGAAUGCAGAGUUUGCAAGUGGGGACUUUUAUAGCAUCUGUAUUGUUGUCUAAAACUGGUUACUGGAGUCAUCUCGGCUUAAUAGUCUCGUGUUUGACUAGUUCCGAGAGGCCAUGCGUUAACAUAAGGUGUGGCAUUCGGAAUGAGACAGCCGUGAUGCUGUAGAGUACUUGGAGCUGUUCUUGAAGUUGCUAUAAUUUCGGAAAAUUCAAUGUCCUGUAUCAAAAUCAUAGUGGUAAUUUUGAUAUUCUUUCACUUCUUAUCGAGUGUUAGUUAGCGUCCAAUUUAUUGCCUAAUGGUUAGUGAAAUGGCAUAUGCUGUUGUUACCUUGCUUUCUACACAAUAAUGGGUUGAGUGUUUGUAGUUAUACUUCAAUUUUGUUCUCCUCCCAAUGGUGUUGUUCAAAAGACCUCUUCUCUAUCCUGAUAAUUCUCAUUUAAAAAAUAUAAUUUCUUGAAAGAAUUGGUCCUGUGCUUCUCCACUUUCAGUAUAUAUACAACUUGUUCAUGAUAGGCUUUGAAGAUGUGGAUCUUCAGAUAAGCAUUUAAAACCCAGUGUUAGGCCUUCUGCUGUUGAAAACUCCUUGGUGUUUUGAACAUGAAAGGCUACCAAGAGGAUGUUGCAGAAGGUUAAUGCGUUAUCAUUCGCUCUGCUUUCUUCUCCACUUUUUUUUAGAUGGUUCUAAUUUCGUUUCCGUGAAAUUCUACACUCCUUUUCCCCCCUACUACUAUCUUGAGAUUCGCUGAAAAAUUAGCACAAACACAACAGCAGGAAUUGGGCAAUCCCUCUUCUGUAGUCUUGACAUCAUUUUAAUGCUACAGGGCUUCAGAAUUCCCUGGCGAUUACGACGGUGCCUGCCUUCAGAUGAGAAUGUCAUAUAGCCCUGCUGCGCGCCUCUUUCUUUUCCUAGUGCAGUGGACUGACUGCCACCUUGCUGGAGCACUUGGCUUGCUGCGCAUAUUAAUUUAUAAGGUUGAGACUCUGGCCCUGAAAUGAGAAGCCUUCUAGAAAAUGUAAACAUUUCCCUAUGCAUUUAAGUAAUUUAAAUUUUUCCAAGUUUAUGUGAUUUAUUCCAUUGUAGGUUUAUGUAGAUGGAACAACAACCAUGUCAACUCACGAAAGGAAAGCAACCAUCCGAGAAUUCUAUGGUAAUUUAUCGUCCAUUAUGUUGGCUAUUGUCCUCAGCUUCCUGUGUUCUUAGUUUCUGGCUCUUGUCGAUGCUCAUCAACAGCUGUGAUCUUUCCGUCUCUGCUGCAACUUCAAAGGGGAAUCACUGAUAUGGAAGACAAACGGCAAAGAGCCAUCUGCAUGGAACGGUACAGACGAAGAGAUGAAGAAGAUACCAGGCAGUUCUCAGAGAUCGACGCUGAAAGAGAAGAAGAAUGCGGAAUUUGUAUGGAAAUGAACAGCAGGAUUGUCCUGCCCAAUUGCAGUCACGCAUUGUGCUUGAAAUGCUAUCAUGAUUGGUAGGCCUCUCUUUUCUUUUCAGCUCUUUUUCACUCUUCGUGGGGAGCUAGGUGGAGGUCUGUGCUCCUUGACUAAUUGCUUCAGAUUAAAUUUUGCUUUUCAAGUGAUAGUAAGGAACAAAAAAUCAAAAGAUAUAGUCAACCCGCAACAUUUCAUGUUGAACAAUGAUAUAUAUACAAACGUGUAUAAUUGUGUAAUUUGCUCCUUUUUCUACACUUUCGUCGCCUAGCUUAUACUUUUUCAGCCUAGAACAGAUCCAGCCUCGGAUCCAUUGCUUCAUAUUCGACCAACUUUAAGAUGAGCAUUGCAUUAACGUCUCUUAGCCCUCUUCUUGCUUGCUGACGACGAAUCAGCCAUCUCCAUGCCUUGUUUGGUUGAUGGAUUAACCUGUCUUGCUUCAUCACAAUAUGGAAUUCUUCCACAUUUUCCUUUGAAAGGAGAGGCACAGGAAGAAAUCUAUCUGCUGCUCCACUGCUUUAUAUUCAACCAACUAUGGGAUGAACAUGAUAUUGGCAUUUUCUAAUUUCCAGCUUGAAUGUUUCUUUGUGAUAUUUACAUUCUGUAUUAUUGUCGUAUAUUUAUGUUGAUCUUUUUCCUCCGUUCAUUCAUAUCUUGAGUUAUUUAUUUCUGUCAGUUUAUAGUCCCACAUUUGUGAUUGUGGGGGAAGCUGUCUGGCCACUUUUCUCCAAAGAAAAAGGCUUCCCUAAGCGCCACCAGAUUAUCGUGUUUUAUCGAAGGGUUUAAAGAAGGUAUCGCAUUCAUUACAGAAUGGGAUCCUACCACGAUUUCUUUUGAUUCCUAGAUAGAAGUAGCCAAGGUUUAUGAUAUUUGCGAAAGCUGUUCAUGUUCUAUGAUUCGAAGAACGGAUUCAGACCAAGACGGUUCUCUGGAACACCACCUCUGUCGUCUGCCAGAUCAUCCCCAUCAUUCUUGCUUAUCAGAUCUCCCGUUAAAGGCUGAGAUCCUAUGUGGAGCCCCUUAUAUCGCAAUAUUAUGUUCAUAUCCAGCAUAGUUGACUUCAUAUAUGUCUGCGUUUAUUCACUCCUAUGAUUGAACGCAUUAAUUCCAUUUUAAGCACUUUUCGCGCAUUCCGCAUCCCAAAGUCUGCAACUGUGAUCUUAUAUUUUUCAUUGAAAAUGGGAAUCCGCCAAUAAUGCAACAUUUACUGUUCUUUUUUCUUCUUUUUUUCUGUUGACCACGGUUUGUAAUUAUUGAUUAAUUGUCUCGAUCUCUCGAUCUCUCACAUGCGAGUGCGUUUUGCAGGCGCUCGAGAUCGCAGUCUUGCCCCUUCUGCCGCGACAGCCUGAAGCGGGUCAACUCGGGCGAUCUGUGGGUUUACACGGACAUCAGGGACGUGGUCGAUGCGGCCGCGGUCUCCAGGGAAGACGCCCGCCGGCUGCUCAUGUUCGUGGAUAAGCUCCCACUCGUCCUCCCCAACUCCGUCUUCGAUGUGUACGAUUCUCAGUCCAAAUGGAGAGAGAACUAG